UCAAGAGUUAUGUACCUUGCUGAUUUCUCCGUUUCAGGAAGAGACAAAGCGAUGCCAAACUCGCCGCCGUCUCCGUCGCCGAAGCUGCCGUCGUAGUGUUGAUGCAAGGCUUCCACCACCAGCAACAGCAGCUGGUGGCGCUGCUCUCGGCGGCGCUACCAAACGACGGCUCUGCUCCUCCUCCUCCGUCGGUUUCUACUCCGCCGCCGCCGCCUUCAACCUCUGUAUCUGCGUCUGUGUCUACUAAGAAUGCAUCAUCAUUUCCGGUGCUUGCGACGGGGGAAAGAGAUGGUAAAUCGGAGAAUGGCGAAUCGGGCCGUCUCUCUGCGUUGCACUCUCUCCUCAGAGCGAUUACUUAUCCUCCGAAUUCGCUCCUCGUCGCACAUUCGGCGUCGUUUCUUUCCUCUGGUCUCUGGCAGCUCCUUUCUGACAAGUCUUAUGACGUGAGGCAGGCUGCCGCAACUGCAUAUGGUGCUCUUUGCGCUGUUGUGUGCUCUCUUCCAAUAGAAUCGAGCGGGAGACAAAAUCAUGUGAUGUUGGGGAGUCUGGUUGAUGGCUUCAUUAAUUGGGCUUUGCCGUUGUUUAGGCAUAUCGGUGUUCGGAAUGGGGACACUGAACUUGCGGUUGAAGCUGUACGAGAGUUUGUUACCAUUGGAGAUGUUAAUGGGACAGAUAGGUAUGCUUUUCCAAUCCUUGAAGCAUGCAAAGACCUUCUCGAGGAUGAGAGAACCUCCGUGGGUUUGUUGAAUCGGAUUUUGGGUGUUCUUUCAGUUAUCUCUUCGAAGUUCUCUAGUAUAUUUCAUCCUCAUUUUCUCGAUGUUGUUGAUAUGUUGCUUGGUUGGGCGUUAUUACCAGACCUUGCUGAAUCAGACAGACAGAUUAUCGUGGAUAGCUUUUUGGACUUUCAGAAGCUCUGGUUAAAUCAUUUAGAAUUUUCACUGGGACUGUUAUCAAAGUUUCUGGGUGACAUGGAUGUCUUGCUUCGAGACGGUGGUCAAGGAACCCCACAACAGUUUCGCAGGUUGCUUGCUUUGCUUUCUUGUUUCUUAGCAAUCUUGCGAUCCACUGCCUCUGGGUUACUAGAGAAUAAUCUACUUGAGAAGAUAGGAGAACCUCUGUGUGAAAUGGUGCCUCGGUUGUUAAGUUGCUUGUCUAUGGUAGGACAGAGGUUUGGAUGGUCAAGAUGGAUCGAAGAUCUCUGGAAAUGCCUGACACUUUUGGCUGAAAUACUACGUGAAAAGUUUUCAACGUUUUAUCCUAUGUCUUUUGACAUAUUAUUCCAGAGAAUGGGACAGUGUGACACUGUCAAUUCUGCAGUCCAUAUGAAGAUGACUUCCGUUCAGAUACAUGGGACAUUAAAGAUUAAUCUCCAGUUACUUUCCCUGCAAAAGCUAGGGCUCCUUCCAUCAUGUGUACUGAAGUUGCUUCACUUUGAUUCUCCUAUAUCGCAGUUGCGUUUGCACCCGAAUCAUUCAGUGACGGCAAGUUCUACUGCCACCUACAUAUUUUUGCUCCAGCACGAAAAUGAGGAGAUUGUUCAACAAGCAGUAGAAUUAUUUAUGGAAGAGCUUGAGUUGUUGAGGGGCAUACUUUCGGAGUCAAUGGAUCAUAGAAAUGAGGCAACCAAUGUCUCAGCAGGUAGAUGCUACUCCAAGAAUGAACUUGUGGCUUUGUUAAAAUUUGAUAUGAAGGUUCUUCUUGCCUGUGUUUCUCUCAAAGGGAAAACUAGUUUGACUGGUCAACCAGAACUUGCCGUUAUGUAUCUAAAGAGAUCUGAGAAGUUAGUUUCGUUUGUUGUUGAGAAACUAAAUCCUUUUGAUUCAGCUAUCGAUGCCAAUUUGGAGUUGCAAGUUUGCGUUGUAAGGAUGUUAGAGUGGUUAGCUGCAGUCGAGUUCUUCAGUCACUGUUCUGUGUUAAAUCAGACUGAUGGCAAGCCUCAUAGAGAUGCUAAUCGUGGAAAGACAUCAUUUGUUAAUCUUUUUGGUCAUGGAUUUUCAAUCAUGGUGAUUGAGCAUAUGAGGAAAUAUGGCCCAGUCAUGGUUAAAGCUCUUAGUUUUUCUUCUCCUCUUGCUGUAAAACUAGUGUCUCUUGAAUGGGUCCAACAGUUCUGUGAAAACCUGAUUGAUAUGUCAGGGCAUUUGAACAUGGAUGCUUACUUUUGUGAAACAUUUCCAUAUGCUGAUACGGUUAGAGAUAUGAUUCUAGCGAUUUUGGAUGCUGCAUUUGAUAGGGAACCAAAAGUGAGGGACUGUUCUGCCAUAGUUUUAGAGUUGCUUCUGGAGGUGAAACUGAUACACCCGAUACAUUUUCAUUCGGUGGCUGAAACUCUCCUUGAAAAGCUUGGAGAUCCAGACAUCUGUAUUAGAAGUGCUUUUAUCAGGUUACUCUCCCGUUUCUUGCCGGCCACACAGUAUGCAUGUGGUAUGUGUGAUGGGGUAGGACAUAUGGCUCUUAGACCGCGCAUGCUUAUGUUGGGGAAUAGUUGCAACUUGCAUUGGAAGCAAGUCUUUACACUGAAGCAGCUUGACCAACAUUUUCACUCACAGCAACUUGUUUCUGUUCUGAAUUACGUUUCGCAGAGAUGGAAAGUUCCUUUUCCUUCUUGGAUCCAAUGGCUUAUUCAUGCUUUUCGGGCUUCAAAGGAUAUUGGUGUUGGGCAUCUUGAAGGAAACUUAACUACUACUAAUGGAUGGAUUGAAAUAAAUGUUGACCGAAGCUCGAUUGAAAGAAUCAGCUUGACCAACAAUUUGGCAGGUGCUUGGUGGGCUGUUCAAGAAGCUGCUAAGUUUUGUGUUGCUACACGUCUCCGUACUAACUUCGGUGGUCCUGCUCAAACUUUUGCAGCUUUAGAGCGAAUGCUUUUAGACAUCACCCAUGUGCUACAGGUUGAGAGUAAGCAAACAGAUGGGAGCAUAAAUAUUGUGGGCUCUUCUGGUGCCCAUUUAUUACCGAUGAGGUUACUGUUGGAUUUUGUGGAGGCUUUGAAGAAAAAUGUAUAUAAUGCAUAUGAGGGUUCUGCUGUCUUACCAUCAGCCACGCCACAAAGUGUCUUGUUUUUUCGUGCUAACAGGAAAGUUUGUGAAGAGUGGUUUUCUCGUAUAUCUGAGCCGAUGAUGAUUGCUGGUAUAUCCCUCCAAUCUCAUGAUGCUACAAUUGAGUACUGUAUAUUACGACUUGAGGAGCUAAAAGGUAUGACAAUGUCAGUUACGAAGGAAAAAGCUAAAAUGCGGGCUUAUGAUAACAUUCACAAUGUCGGAGCAAGAGUUCCUCUGGAUAUCUCGAGGAUUUUACGUCAUAUGUCAUUGGCUUUGUGUAAGAAUCAUGAUGCAAAGGCUCUGCUGGGCCUCCAAAAGUGGGUUUCACUUCAAUUUGCUCCCUUGCUUGUGGAGGGCAGUGACACUCAGAAGGAUGGUGGUAAGUGGGGGCUGUUCCCGUGGAUCACCGGGCUGAUAUAUCAGUCAGAAGGCCAAUAUGAAAAGGCAGCUGCUUAUUUUGCUCACUUGUUACAGGAAGAAGACUCUCUAAGUUCAAUGGGUUCCGAUGACAUUCAAUUUGUGAUUGAACGUAUUAUCGAGAGUUAUACUGCUUUAUCUGAUUGGAAGUCUCUGGAAUCUUGGCUUUUAGAAUUGCAGGCACUUCGUGCCAGGCAUGCAGGGAAAAGCUUUUCAGGUUCUUUGACUGCUGCGGGAAAUGAAAUAAAUGCUAUACAGGCCUUAGCACGUUUUGAUGAAGGUGCUAUUGAAGCAGCAUGGGCAUGUCUUGAUUUAACACCUAAAACUAGCACAGAAUUGUCGCUUGACCCAAAACUAGCCUUGCAAAGAAGUGAACAGAUGCUUCUGCAGGCUAUGCUUUUCCAGGUUAAAGGAGAUAUAGAGAACGUGCCACGUACCUUGCAGAAGGCGCGAUCAAUGCUGGAUGAAACUUUACUGGCGCUGUCAUUUGAUGGGUUAUCUGAGACAGCACCAUAUGCUACACUGUUGCAUUGCAUCUUUGCUUUCGAAGAAAAUAAUCAGCUUGGAGACAGUGGACCUAAACAAAAACACAUGAACUUGAUUUCAAGCUCCUGUGUCCGGUUACUGCAAUCUCUAAUUAAUAGAGUCCAUCGGGACUGCAGCCCAUGGUUGAAAGUUUUACGAGUGUAUCGGACAGUUUCACCUACAUCAUGGGUUACCCUGAAGCUUUGCAUGGACUUGUUGGGAUUUUCGCGCAAGCAAGGAAAUAUUUUGCUUGCAAAUCGUCUAAAAUCCUAUCUGAAUGAUCAUGUCUCCAGUUGCGCUGAGGUUGGACUACGUGAGUUUCUUAUCUCAAAUUUGCAGUACCAGGGAGCCCUGCUGAUGUUUUCUGAAAACAAGGUUCAACAAGCUGUCAUGGAUCUUUGGUCAUUUGUGCGCCCAGAUAUAACUUCUUCACAACCAGUAUCUUUGGAUAUUGGUGUUGCUUUUUUGAAGGCUAAAGCAUGCUUAAAACUUGCAACUUGGCUAGGACAGGAUUAUAUGCGUACGGAUAUGGAAAAUGUUGUCCUCAAGAUGUCAACAGAUUUUAGCAGAACCGUGAUGUCUUCUGCUGAAAGCAAUAGACCUUCGGUAUAUGAGAGUUUGAACUCCAAACCAAGCAUAAGGGCUAUUAUUGAGGAAAUGAUUGGCACAGUUACAAAGUCAUCCACCCAACUUUGCUCCACAAUGGGAAAAUCAUGGAUUUCUUAUGCUUCAUGGUGUUUUCGACAAGCAACAGAGUCCUUUGGCAAAACUAAUGGGUCCAUCCUCCGCUCAUGCACCUUUUCAAGCAUGCUUUCUCAAGAGCUGAUGCCUGAAAGGUUUGGAUUGACUGAAGAUGAGUCUAAAUCUGUGGAAUCGGCCAUUAUCCAGCUCUUUCAGAAGAAUGAUGCUAAUUAUCUCACAAAUACUGCAGAAGAUGGAAGCUUUCAGAUGCAUGCUGCAGAACAUGCAGAAGCUGGAGAAGGCAUGAACGUGUUGCUGCAGCAAGUUAUUGAAAUAAUAGAAACUGCAGCUUCAGACCCUGGUGCUGAAAACUGUGGCAGAGAUAGUGUCUCUGUUACUCUUGCUUCUCGGUUAAGUGAUUUGUUGCUGUGCACAAACAAAGCUGUGAAAGAUACUGAUAUAGCACCUAUAGUCGAUAGGCUGAUUGAAGUGUGGUGGUCCUUGAGAAAGAGAAGGGUGUCUCUCUUUGGACAUUCUGCAAUUGGUUUCACCCAGUACCUUCUAUAUUCAUCCACAACCCUGCACAACAGCGAGUUUACUGGGGUAGACUGUGAUCCACUGAAGCAAAAAACUGGCAGCUAUACGUUACGAGCAACACUCUAUAUUCUACAUAUCCUUCUGAAUUACGGGGUGGAGUUGAAAGAUACACUGGAACAUACUCUUUCGUCGGUUCCCUUGGAACCUUGGCAGGAAGUAAUACCUCAGCUGUAUGCUCGGUUGAGUUCUCACCCUGAGGAGGUAGUGCGGAAGCAAAUAGAAUGCCUGCUGAUAAUGUUAGCCAAGUUAUCGCCUUGGUCCAUAGUGUAUCCAACGCUAGUCGAUGUGAAUGCUUGUGACAAGAAGCCAUCUGAGGAGCUUUUACACAUAACAGCCUGUUUGACUGAACUCUAUCCAAGAUUAAUUCAGGAUGUCCAGCUUAUGAUCAACGAGCUAGGAAAUGUGACUGUUCUUUGGGAGGAGCUGUGGCUUAGCACUCUGCAAGAUCUCCACAUGGAUGUUAUAAGACGGAUUAACUUGCUGAAAGAAGAGGCUGCUCGGGUUGCAGAAAAUGAAACUCUUAGCCAGAGUGAGAAGAACAAGAUAAAUGCAGCAAAAUACUCUGCGAUGAUGGCCCCUAUAGUUGUUGCAUUAGACCGCCGCUUAGCAUCUACCUCUAGGAACCCUGAAACACCUCAUGAGAUUUGGUUCCAUGAAGAGUACAUGGAUCGUUUAAGAUCAGCAAUCUCAACAUUUAAAACUCCUCCUCCGUCUACUGUACUCAGUGAAGUGUGGCGUCCAUUUGACAGUAUUGCUGCAUCUCUGGCAUCUUAUCAGAGGAAAUCAUCGAUAUCUUUGAAGGAAGUUGCUCCCAAUUUGGGCCGGUUAUCAUCUAUUGAUAUUCCUAUGCCUGGUCUCGAGAAGCAGGUCCCAUCGCGUGAAUCUGAUGUUCACCUCAGCGCAUCACACCGUGGAAUAGUCACGAUUUCUUCUUUCUCAGAUCAUAUGACAAUAAUUCCGACCAAGACUCGACCUAAAAAGCUUGUUAUGGAUGGUUCAGAUGGAAAGAAAUAUACAUAUCUCUUAAAAGGCAGGGAAGACUUGCGCCUUGAUGCUAGAAUUAUGCAAUUGCUUCAAGCAAUAAACAGUAUUUUCACGUCCUCUCUAACAACACAUGGUAAUGCAGUUGGCAUUCGCUAUUACUCAGUCACUCCAAUCAGUGGUAGAGCUGGUCUUAUCCAGUGGGUAGAGAAUGUCAUAAGCAUAUAUAGUAUUUUCAAAUCUUGGCAGACACGUGUCAGGCUUGCCCAAAUCUCUCCAUCAGCUGCAGAUAGUGUAAAAGCUUCAGCUCCACCACCUGUUCCUCGACCAAGUGACAUGUUUUACGGGAAAAUUAUACCUGCCCUCAAGGAGAAAGGUAUUAGAAGAGUGAUUUCACGAAGAGACUGGCCUCAUGAUGUUAAGUGUAAAGUCCUAUUGGAUCUUAUGAGGGAGGUACCGAAGCAGCUGCUACACCGGGAACUUUGGUGUUCUAGUGAAGGUUUCAGAGCCUUCAGCUCAAAACUGAAAAGGUAUUCUGGAAGUGUUGCGGCUAUGAGUAUAGUUGGCCACAUUCUGGGUCUUGGAGACAGACAUUUGGAUAAUAUUCUAAUGGACUUUUGCAGUGGGGAUGUCGUACACAUAGAUUACAAUAUCUGUUUUGAUAAAGGGCAAAGGCUAAAGGUUCCUGAGAUAGUGCCCUUUCGCCUUACCCAGACAAUGGAAGCUGCUUUGGGGUUGACAGGUGUGGAAGGCACCUUCAGGGCUAACUGUGAAGCUGUUCUUGGUGUUCUGAGGAAAAACAAGGACAUACUCUUGAUGUUGAUGGAGGUGUUUGUGUGGGACCCACUUGUUGAGUGGACACGUGGAGAUUUUCAUGAUGAAGCAGCAAUUGGCGGUGAGGAAAGAAAAGGCAUGGAGGUGGCAGUUAGCUUGAGUUUGUUUUCAUCAAGAGUGCAAGAAAUCCGUGUUCGCUUGCAGGAACAUCAUGACCUUUUACUGACUACAUUGCCAGCUGUUCUUAUGGUUCUUGAGAGGUUUUCCGAGGUCCUGAAUCAAUAUGAGAUUACGUCAUCUCUUUUUAUUCGUGCUGAUCAAGAAAGAUCGAAACUUCUUCUGCACGAGACAUCUACAAAGAUGAUUGUUGCAGAAGCAGCUUGCAAUUCAGAAAAGACCCGUGCUGCUUAUGAAAUUCAAGCUCGAGAAUUUUCUCAAGCAAAGGCUUUAGUUUCUGAAAAAGCUCAAGAAACAGCUCUUUGGAUAGAGCAACAUGGAAGGAUCCUCAGUGCCUUACGUGGAAACAUGAUUUCUGAAAUUAUUGUCUCGCCAAAUUUGAAAAGUAUGUCAGAUGCUUUAUCAUUGACGUCUGCUGUUCUUGUGGCUGGAGUUCCGCUGACUGUCGUUCCUGAGCCCACUCAAGCACAAUGCCACGAAAUUGACAGGGAGAUUUCCAUCCUAGUUGAUGAACUCAAUAAUGACCUCUCUUCUGCUUUAACUGCACUUCAAUUAUAUUCUUCAGCUCUCAAAAGAAUUCUACCUCUCAACUACCAUACGACAAGCUUGGUAUACAAUUGGGCUCAAGUUCUGCAAUUAUCUGCUCAUGCUCUUUCGGCUGAUGUUCUGUCUCUUGCUAGAAGACAGGCCGCUGAAUUAUUUGCAAAGAUACAGGGAGAUAAUUUUGAUUCUCUCAGAAACAGCUAUGUAGAUCUGUGUCUUAUGGUGCAUAAAUAUACAGCGGAGAUAAAGAAGAUGGAGGAAGAGUAUGCAGAGCUGUCUAACUCAGUGGGAUCAGGCGCUGAAUCAAAGGCCAAGGAUCGUCUUCUCUAUGGUUUAGUAAACAAUGCCAGUUCUUCUGAUGAGCCUGCAUCGUCCAUAAGUGAUGUGCCAAAAGGAUGCAACCUGCGAGAUUCUGGAGAGAAAACGUUGAAGGCAUUAGCCGAUUUACACAUUUUUGUCAGUUCAAAGUACGAUCAGGUCAAGCAAAGGGUACAUGACAUUUUCCGUGGGCCAGUGGAUAGAAGCGACAGAAACAAAUUGCAAUCUGAGUCUGGGAGCAUAAGCUGUGAGUUUGAGGAGCAGGUAGAGACGUGUGUGAUAUUGGCAGACAUUCUUGAUGAGCUAAAGAUUUACAUCGGACAGGAAGGUUCUAGUGUGGAGGAAAUAAUUAAUGCUUCCACUUACCAUCCUGAAGGGAAUUGGGCUUCCAUCUUCCAGAGAGGCUUGCUUUCCUGUAAGAGAUUGGUUGCACAAAUGACUGAAGUUGUUCUACCAGAUGUUCUGAAAACUUCUGUAUUCUGUAAUUCAGAAAUUAUGGAUGCCUUUGGAUUGAUCUCGCCAAUCCGUGGAUCGAUUGAUACAGCUCUGGAACAUCUCAUAGAAGUUAAGCUAGAAAGAGAUUCCUUGGUUGAACUUGAACAAAACUACUUCACAAAGGUUGGACUUAUUACAGAUCGGCAGCUAGCUCUCGAAGAAGCUGCUAUAAAGGGAAGGGAUCAUCUAUCCUGGGAGGAAGCAGAGGAACUUGCAUCUCAAGAAGAGGCUUGUCGGGCACAGCUGGAUCAGCUUCAUCAGACCUGGAGCCAGAGAGAGUUCCGACUUUCUGCUCUUAUAAAGAAAGAAGCUCAGAUAAAAAAUUCUCUCAUUUUGGCUGAAAAUCAGUUCCAGAUGCUCAUUAAUGCGGAGGAGAAUAAGAAGCCGAAUGAUCUGGGAUAUCCUGGGGUAUUGGCUGAAUUAGUUAAGCCUUUUAGCGAAUUGGAACAUUUAGAUAGGACACUAUCCUCUAUAGGCAGUUCAGCUGAUUCUCCUCCAGAUUGGAUUCCUACGUUAGGGGAUAUUGUGAGUUCUGGGCAGUCAUUAUCUGAGCACAUAUGGAGUUUUGGGAGCUUAUUGAGCAGUCAUUCCUUUUUCAUUUGGAAAGUAGGCAUCAUAGAUUCCUUCAUUGAUUCAUGCAUACGUGAUGCAACUUCAUCGGUUGAUCAGACAUUAGGAUUUGAACAGCUGAAUCUUUUUAUGAAGAAAAAGCUGCAAACCCAACUUCAACAGCGAAUAGAUUAUUACCUUGCUGAAAGGGCUGCUCCUGCAUUUUUAUCUUGGCUAGAUAAAGAAAAUGAGCGUUUGAAACCAUCAUCGGAGGAAACAGAGGAUUUAAUACUCGAUCAAGCCAAGCAAGAGUAUAGCACUUUGAAACAGGUUCACAUAAUGCUUGAUGAGUACUGUAAUGCUCAUGAAACUGCUAGAGCAGCAAAAUCAGCUGCAUUUCUUAUGAAAAGGCAAGUGAAAGAACUAAGAGAGGCUCUUUGUCGAGCAAGCCUGGAGAUUGUCCAAAUGGAAUGGAUGCAUGAUGCAACCUUGACCCCUUCACAACAUAUUGGGACCAUAUUUCAAAAGUUCUUUGAUGGUGAUGAUAGCUUAUAUCUGACUUUUUUAAAUCUGAGGAGACCCAAGUUGCUGGAAGUUAUACGUUCUGCUUUUCCAAAAAUCACUAAGUCAAUAGAAAGACUACAAGCUUGUGAACAAAAUUCAGUUACGGCAGAAGGGCAGCUAGAGAGAGCGAUGGGAUGGGCUUGUGGUGGGCCUAGUCCUGGUGCAGCUGGAAAUUUUUCUUCCAAAUUAUCUGGGAUUCCUCCUGAAUUUCAUGAUCAUUUGCUGAGACGCAGGCAGUUGUUGUGGGAUGCAAGCGAGAAGGCAUCUAAUAUUGCCAAAGUUUGCAUGUCCGUUUUGGAGUUUGAAGCAUCAAGAGAUGGGAUUUUCCAAGGUCCAUCUGAGGGCCUUGAGGGUAAUUCAGCAAGAACUAGCAGUGACUCCUGGGCUUGGCAGCACUCUUAUAUGAAUUUGAUUACACGAUUAGAAAUUACUUAUCAUUCCUUCACACGUACUGAACAAGAGUGGAAACUUGCACAGAGCAGCAUGGAAGCUGCCUCCAGUGGCCUGUAUUCUGCCACAAAUGAGCUUUCCAUCGCCUCCCUUAAGGCUAAGGCUGCUUCUGGUGAUCUGCAGAGUACUGUUUUUGCAAUGAGGGAUUGUGCGUGUGAAUCUAGUGUUGCUUUAUCUGCUUUUAGCCGGAUAUCAAGGAGCCACACCGCUUUGACUUCUGAAACCGGUGCGAUGCUAGAAGAGGUUCUUGCAAUAACUGAAGAUCUGCAUGAUGUCCAUAGUUUGGGAAAGGAGGCUGCUUCUGUACAUUGUUCUCUCAUCGAGGAUCUUUCAAAGGCUAAUGCGAUCCUUAUUCCCCUAGACUCCACAUUGUCCAAGGAUGUUGCUCUUAUCGCUGAAGCCAUGAACAGGGAAAGCUACAAUAAGGACCAAUUACCUCCGUUAUUAUUUUCAUUUAUCACCACGAAGGGUGCAGCAAAAAUUAGGGAGAGUUACCAGAACCUCAAGCCUUUGGUAUCACCUGUUUUAUUUUCGGUGAAGGGUCUGUAUUCAAUGUUGAUAAAGCUCGCACAAAUUGCAAGUGUUCAUGCUGGCAAUGUAAACAAAGCACUCGAAGGACUAGGGGAGAGCGAGGAAGUAAAAUCGCAAGAAAGUAUAUAUUCCGAACCCGACCUCACUGGCGAUGACUACAAGCCCGAAAACCACGGGGAAGAGAACCAGUUGGGAUCCCACUACAAGAACUCUGAGGAAGUUUUGGUCAGUUCUGGGAUCUCUCAGGAGGAUAGAGGAUGGAUGUCUUCUCCCGAUAGCAUCUACAGUAGCAGCCCAGAGUCUGGCAUAACCCUCACUCAAGCAAUUUGCCCUAACGGUUUUAACAGUUCGACUAAACUGCUGGAAGAAACACCAUUGGAUGAAGAGGAGGUCAAAGGUUUUCGGGAUUCAGCUCCAUCAUCACAAUCCGAUUUCUAUCACGCAUCGGAUUCCGUUCUAUCGGUAUCAGCAGAUGUGGUGGUAGAAAACAAUGGUGAUAAUCUCAAAAGAUUUUCAGGUAAUGAAUCGAUUGAAAACACAGAAUUUACAUCAUCUGCAUGCAAUGUAGCUGCAGAAGGUAGAGUGGACGUCUCUCGACAUCUAGGGGAGAGCUCGAGCUCGGAGCAUAAAUCCGGGGGACAGGAAGCAACCAAAGGGACAACCGAGGUUCAAAGCGAUGAGGCUUCUCCACCGGCACAAACACGUAGUCGAGUAACCAGAGAUAAAAACGCUUAUGCAAUGUCGGUUGUCAAGUGCAUGGAGAUGAAGAUAGAUGGCCGAGACAUCGCUGAAAACAGGGAGAUUAGCAUUCCAGAACAGGUGGAUUAUCUAAUAAAGCAGGCCACAAGUUUGGAUAAUCUCUGCAACAUGUAUGAAGGAUGGACACCUUGGAUUUAGAAGAUGACUUACUCAACCGUUCGAUACAUUUUUACAGCCUUGGGAGAUUCAACAAUCACCUGGAUCCACUUCAUUUUGUGAAGUUUCAGUAUACCGGGCCAUUGCUGUUAAGAAGCAGCUUCCCAUUCCCAGGGAACGUUGAACUCGAGAGGGCUCGGGCAUGGGCAUGCCGAAGAGAGGCUACUUCGGUGAAAGUUUCGGAGGUAUGAACUGAAAGUUGAAGCGGAUGCAACUCUGCAAUGAGACCGACAUAGGUAAAACUCGUCGGUUCGUCAGUCUGGUGAUCUGUUCUGUUAGAUUCUCGCCGAACCUUGGGAGCGGAAUGCGGUGGUUGAUGUAUCGUUUCGGCCGGCUUUUCAAGAGAUACAUUAUCAAUUGGACGGAAGUAUUCCAAUUUGCUUCUGUUCCCUCGACUAUACAAUAGAGUUCAACGUUUACGUGUCUUUUUUUUUUAUCUUCGUUCAGUUACUAUAAAAAGGAAUGAGACUUUUGAAAGGAAACUCCGUAGAGUUUUACAUUCACCGCUCGUCUCAGUUACGAGACUGAUGA